GCGGUCAAAUUUAGCCCGAAACUUGCGUUGGCGGAAGGAACAAGUAAGUUUUGAAUAGUUUUUGUGUUUUGUGUUGCGUUUUCUACUGGAUUUGUUAGUAACUGUAAUUUUGUAGUUGUCAAGAUCUACACGCCAGGUUGACCAUGCCCAAGCGAAAGUACUUGACCCGGUCGCAAGCCAAACGGGCCCGAACCGAAACCACAAUCAGCGCGUUGCCACCGGAGCUUUUGCAGCAAAUCUUCGGGCGCCUUUCGUUCGACGAUCUGCUCAGCGUUCGCGAAACGUGCCACCUCUGGCGGGACGCCGUCGGCCGCUGCCCUGCGCUCAGGGACAAGUUCCGGCUCGUUUACCCCCACGGUGCUGCCCCCGGCAAGUUCAAGGUGAUCAACCGCGGUUACAAGCCGCCACCGGCCGUGCCAGCGUCGACCGUGGCUUUCAAGUGCGAUAAUUACCUCAAGAUUGGCUACAUCGGCUCGUGGUGGCCACAGGUCGCGGCGACGGUCACUUGUCUCAGCUUUUCGCAUUGCCAGAUUCCCGUUACGAUGCUGCGCCACACGCCGAACCUGCAGUUGCUGGAGCUGCUAAACGUCGCUCAGAUAAGGGAGGCACGCGGCAGUGAGCCGGACGAGUUGGAUUUUGAGCUGAGCCACUUGAAGAAGUUGUCGCUGAAGCAUUCAAGUCUUGGUCACCUGGGUCGCAUGAUCACACAACUAAAGGUCCUCGAGUGUUACACGCGCGAGCGUUCUGCCGAUACGAUGGUUGAGUUUGUCCAGUCCAAGGUAAAAAACACAAUUGAGGAUCUGAUUCUGGAAGCUCCUCGAAUCUACCUUAAGGAGUUUACGAAAUUGACCUUACUCGGUCUGAAGCGAGUGACCAUGAACCCAGCUUUUAAUGAAGCGGAUUUCGGGAAUAUGUUGGUUCAAUUCGCCCGACUUAAUCCUUCCAUCGAAGAUAUUACCGUUCCUAACGUUUUUGACGAUAAAUUUCUGAACGAGUUACUUCAAGCCCUGCCAAGGCUCAAGCGAUUCAAUUUGAAGCUAAAUGAAUCCGGAAUUUCCCAGUACGAAGAGUUGCCAGCGAUCCCGAACGUUUUGCCCCACUUGGAGAGCCUGCGAAUCGAUUGGAAUACUUCCUACUACGUGCCGCUUUCCGGCCCAAAGUUACGCAUCCGUAAUGUUCCUCGAUUCCCCAUGCUUCGAGAGUUGCACCUCGAGACUGUAACCCUGGCGGGAGAUUCGUUGGGUGAUGUUCUGCGUAACUCACCCCACCUGCACUCCAUGACCCUGAAUGAGUGUGAUUUCGAGAGUUGGCACCAACUACUUCACUUAAUCACCCAGCCGGUCGCGUUGCGCAACCUCAAGCUUACCUCGUUCCAAGUGCAUUGGUUCGAGGAUGAACCGUUCCACUGCCAGCAGCAACCGCUCGAAAGUCUGCGAUGCCUCGAGCUUGGUGAAUACGUGGGUCAAGCGAACGAGCACGUGCACGAACUGUUCCAUCUGUUUCCGCGGCUGACGGAGCUGCGGUUUGGCCCCAAAGCGAACGUCGACGACGGGCUGGUGUUGGAGAUGUGCCAAACGCUAACCCAGCUGGAACGGCUCACCGUGCUUUCCGGACGUACGACCCACGCGUCAACGGACAACGUGAAACGGCUCUGCCGCAAUCUCAAGCAUUUUACGCUCCAGAGUCCUUACUGGAACCUGGAGAAGGAUGAUUUUGUUUAUUUUUCCAAGCAUUUGCAGAGUUUUACCUAUCGCGGGAUUGAGAUCAAAGCAGGUAUCAGUGAUGAUUUGCUAUCCUGCAUCGUUAAACUUCUGGAUUUGAUGGUUCCGCUUUGGGAUUAUGAGUCAGAUAAUGAAUCCGACAUGUAAACUACGCUGAUGUUAAUGUGCUUUCUUUGUUCAGGUGAAUUCCGUGCAGAUUCAAAUCUUGUUACACUUUUGAAAUGUUAUGAUAAACUAAAAUUCAAACUAC